AUGUCCUUCCCCCUGCUCUUCACGAUUCCGCCCUCCAACCGCCACGAGUUCAUUACGCUCGACUCGUCCAGCAAACACAGUCUCAAAGCACUGAACAAGCAAAUUACUACUACGCUCUCCUCAUCGCCUAACUGCGCCGAGUUCAUGGGCAAGUACAAGAGUGCCGAGGCAAAGGAGCAGAUCCAGGAGUUCCGGAUCCACUGGAGCAGCAAGGAGUACGACCUGAAGGUGUGGCCCGAGUACACAGUUGUGACGGAUGAAAAUUUCCCUGCGCUACUGGAGUUGCUGAAGAAGGAUCCGAAGAGUGGGGUAUUGGAGAUCAAGGUUGGCAAGGCUGAUGAUUAG